AUGCGUAUCUCAACUAUCUCUUUCGGUCUUCUUGUGGCUGGCUCUGCCACAGCCACUAUUGAGAAGCGGGCACCGCUUAUCACCCGAGAUGAAAGUGGUAUCGAGGGAAAGUACAUCGUCAUGAUGAAGCCAGCAUCCGGUAAUGAGAUCAGCACUGCACGCGUCAAGUCAGCAGCCAAGGCCGUUGAUGUCAAGCCUGAUAUGGUCUUUGACAAUCUGGGUGGAUUUUCUGCGAGCUUGUCUGCCCGCGAUGUGGAGGACCUACGCAACAACCCCAAUGUUGCAUAUAUUGAGCAAGAUUCAGUUGCCAGGAUCUCUGCUGUCCAAAAACAAGCACCAUGGGGUCUUGCGCGAGUUUCAAGCAAGACGACUGGCGCGACACGAUACACAUAUGACGAUUCGGCUGGCAAGGGCACGUGUGCAUAUGUUUUGGACACUGGCAUUGAUACCAAACAUCCUGACUUUGAGGGUCGCGCCGAAUUCAUUGCCACUUACGUUGACGACAUUUGGGUGGAUGAUCACGGCCAUGGUACCCACUGCGCUGGCACAAUCGGAUCCAAGACAUACGGAGUUGCCAAGAAGACUAAGCUUUACGGAAUCAAGCUCUUCAACUCCACUGGAGAAGGAGUUGCAUCCUCCAUCAUCGCUGGCAUGGACCUGGUCCUUCGUGAUGCCCCCAAGCGAGACUGCUCCAAGGGCGUUGUUGUAAGCAUGUCGUUCGGAGAGAUCCCUUCCAAGGGCAUCAACGACGCUGCUAAGGCCCUUGUCAACGCUGGCUUCUUCGCCGCUGCAGCUGCUGGUAACGGAGACGACAACGGAAGACCUCUAGAUGCCUCAGGCUUCUCACCUGCCUCAGAGCCUAGCAUCUGCACCAUUGGCGCGACAACAAAGGAUGACACUGUCGCUACCUUCUCCAACUAUGGCAAGGUUGUUGAUCUUUAUGCUCCCGGUGUCGCGGUUCUGAGCACAUGGCCCGGAGGUAUUACCCGUUCUAUUUCGGGUACAUCUAUGGCUACUCCUCACGUUGCUGGAGUCGCAGCCUACUUCCUUGGUCUUGGAAAGUCUGCUGCUGGACUUUGCGAGUAUCUCCAAAGUAUCGCGCUGAAGGAUGUUAUCAAGGGCGUUCCUUCAGGAACCAAGAAUCUCUUGCUCCAGAAUGGUCAGGCCAAAUAA